UAUGACUCAGCGCUACCAUCAGUUGAUAAAAGGGCUGUUGUUGUUGAUCACAGAAGUAGAACUGCGAGGUCAUUGUGCUGGCUGGGAGAGUUGUCAUUUGCUCAGCACAGAUAGUUUACCUGCAGCUGUAUAAUGAAGAUUCUGUACCUGUGUCUGUUUGCCGGACUUGCUUUGACAAAUGACGCCCUUAUUCGAAUUCCGUUAAAUAAAUUCCGUUCCAUUAGACGUCAACUAACCGACUCUGGAAGAAAAGCUGAGGAGCUUUUGGCUGGGCAACACUCCCUUAAGUACAACUUUGGCUUCCCAUCCAGCAAUGGGCCCACUCCAGAGACCCUGAAGAACUACCUUGAUGCCCAGUACUAUGGAGAGAUUGGCCUGGGAACCCCUGCACAGCCCUUCACUGUGGUGUUUGACACAGGCUCUUCCAACCUGUGGGUACCCUCAAUACACUGCUCCUUCACUGACAUUGCCUGUCUACUUCACCACAAGUAUAAUUCUGCCAAGUCCAGCACAUAUGUGAAGAAUGGAACUGCUUUUGCCAUCCAGUACGGCUCUGGUAGUCUGUCUGGAUACCUCAGCCAGGACACAUGCACGAUUGGUGACCUAUCGAUUGAGAAACAGGUGUUUGGGGAGGCCAUCAAGCAGCCUGGGGUUGCCUUCAUCGCAGCCAAAUUCGACGGCAUCCUGGGCAUGGCCUACCCGCGCAUCUCUGUGGAUGGCGUGGACCCCGUCUUUGACAACAUCAUGAGCCAGAAGAAAGUGGAGCAGAACAUCUUUUCCUUCUACCUGAACAGGAACCCUGAUACCGAGCCUGGUGGUGAGCUACUGCUGGGAGGAACCGACCCCAAAUUCUACAGCGGAGACUUCCACUACCUCAACAUCAGCCGCCAGGCCUACUGGCAAAUCCACAUGGAUAGUAUGGAUGUGGGAAGCCAGCUGGCCCUGUGCAAGAGUGGCUGCGAGGCUAUUGUUGACACCGGCACGUCCCUCAUCACCGGCCCCGCGGCUGAGGUCAAGGCUCUGCAGAAGGCCAUUGGAGCCACCCCGCUCAUUCAGGGAGAGUACAUGGUGAACUGUGACAAGAUCCCAACCCUUCCCAUCAUCACUUUUAACCUGGGUGGACAGGCCUACACUUUGACCGGAGAGCAGUAUGUACUCAAGGAGACCCAGGCGGGCAAGACCAUCUGUCUGAGUGGAUUCAUGGGUCUGGAUAUCCCUGCUCCGGCUGGGCCCCUGUGGAUCCUGGGGGAUGUAUUCAUUGGCCAGUACUACACCGUCUUUGACCGUGAUAAUGACAGAGUGGGCUUUGCCAAAUCCAAAUAAUCUUAAUGCUCAAGAGAAGCAAAGUUCUUCGGUACGCAAUGCGUUUUUUUUUUUUUUUUUUUUGACAAGAUCAAAAUUGCGAAGUAUCUAUGCUACACAAGCGCUUGUUGCUUUUAAGAUCUGGAGUAGCAAUAGUUUUGUGUAGAUUUAAAAUGCACUGAAC